CAGCCGCUAGGGUCUGCCAUGCCACGGAUGUCCCCCGGUUGGUAACGGAGUGGAUGAGGCGGGCUCUAUAGCCUCAGUCUGGACUGGCCGUGCUGGCUGGAGCCAUAACCAUCAGCCGAUCAGGGACUAAAGGGGGGUUUUAUAUGCUAUGCUAUGCUGUGGAGCCCAUCCCCACUGUGCCCGCGACAUGCUACAUCCCCUAUGCGUGUACCAGCCCACACACUCUCCGGAAAACACAACCGUCUUUAUAACAGCGAGAGACCGUGAGAGAUGACAGCGAGGAGAGACGCUUCCCAGCCGCUGAGCAGCUCUUGCCUCCGAGAGAGGAAGGGAGCGGCUGAGCGGCCGAAGGCUAACCCCGAUUGGGUUUGUCUCUCCCCUCGACAGGAGCCGGAGAAAGGCCCGGUGUCCGCGGCGGGGAUCCAUGCCCAUGUGGUGGGGGCUGUCGCUGGUUCCGGUGCUGCGGAGGAGUCCUCUGACAGCGAAGCAGAGCAGGAAGGCCCCCAGAAACUCAUCCGGAAAGUGUCCACCUCAGGACAGAUCAGGAGCAAGACCAGUAUAAAAGAGGGAUUGUUGCUGAAACAGACCAGCUCGUUCCAAAGAUGGAAAAAGCGUUACUUCAAACUGAGAGGCCGAACUCUCUACUACGCCAAAGAUGCCAAGUCUGGCAGUGCCCUGGCACGCUGGCAGGAACGGGCGCUGCGCAGAGUGUCCAGGAGUCGCGUGUGCUGGCGAGUUCUGUCCGUGUGCUGGACGGGCGCACGGCAGUCCCCUCCACCUCUGGGUGCCAGUGGAUCUGAGGAAGGCCUAGUGAGAAUUCGGUCCCUUAUCUUUGACGAGGUCGACCUAUCGGAUGCCAGCGUUGCAGAGUCCAGCACAAAGAAUGUCAACAACAGCUUCACAGUGAUCACUCCGUUCCGUAGGCUCAUCCUCUGUGCCGAGAACCGGAAAGAGAUGGAGGACUGGAUCAGUUCGCUGAAGUCCGUCCAGUCCAGAGAGCAUUACGAGACUGCACAGUUUAAUGUGGAACAUUUCUCAGGGAUGCACAAUUGGUACGCCUGCUCCCACGCACGGCCCACCUUUUGCAACGUCUGCAAAGACAGCUUGUCUGGGGUCACAUCUCACGGCCUCUCCUGCGAAGUGUGCAAAUUCAAAGCUCACAAACGCUGUGCUGUCAGAGCCACGAACAACUGUAAAUGGACAACUCUGGCGUCCAUAGGAAAAGACAUUAUUGAGGAUGAGGAUGGGAUUGCUAUGCCUCACCAGUGGCUGGAAGGCAACCUGCCUGUCAGUGCCAAGUGUUCCGUGUGUGAUAAGACAUGUGGCAGCGUACUGAGACUGCAGGACUGGCGCUGCCUCUGGUGCAAAGCAAUGGUGCACACAGCCUGUAUGGACCUUUACCCUCGCAAGUGUCCUCUGGGUCAGUGCAAAGUCUCCAUCAUUCCCCCUACAGCGCUCAACAGCAUUGACUCUGAUGGCUUCUGGAAAGCCACCUGUCCCCCCUCAUGUGCCAGCCCCCUCCUGGUCUUUGUCAACUCCAAAAGUGGUGACAACCAGGGAGUGAAAUUCCUGCGACGCUUCAAGCAGCUCCUCAACCCCGCUCAAGUCUUUGACUUGGUCAACGGUGGGCCGCACCUUGGUCUGCGAUUGUUUCAGAAGUUUGACAACUUCCGGAUCCUGGUGUGUGGAGGCGAUGGGAGUGUAGGCUGGGUCCUCUCAGAGAUUGACAAACUCAAUCUUCACAAACAGUGCCAGCUGGGGGUGUUGCCCUUGGGCACGGGCAAUGAUCUGGCACGGGUGCUCGGCUGGGGCCCUUCGUGCGACGACGACACCCAGCUGCCCCAAAUCCUGGAGAAGCUAGAGAGGGCCAGCACCAAGAUGCUGGACCGCUGGAGCAUCAUGACCUACGAGAUUAAGAUCCCACCAAAACACAGCUGCCCCACCACGCCUGAGGGAGCCGACGACUGCCAGUUUCACAUUUCAACCUACGAAGACUCAGUAGCUGCUCACCUCACAAAGAUUCUCAAUUCAGAGCAGAACUCUGUGGUCAUCUCCUCUGCCAAGAUCCUGUGUGAAACAGUGAAGGAUUUUGUUGCCAAAGUGGGGAAAGCCUACGAAAAAAGUACAGACAACAAUGAGGAGUGUGACACCAUGUCUCUCAAAUGUGCCAUCCUGAAUGAGAAACUAGACUCCCUCCUGCAGACCCUCAACACAGAGUGCCAAGCUCUACCUUCACUCCCCCACUCCACUCCUCCCAUCGUGGAGGAGGAGCAGGAAGAGGAGGAGGAGGAUGAAGAGGAGGAGGCCAGCGAGGAGAGCCUGACGGAGCUGAAGGAGAAGCUGGAGGAGGAGGAGACGGAGAAAGGAGGACGAGGCGCCCCACACCAGCUGUUUAAAAGCCGGGAGCAGAUGAUGCUCAGGGCCAACAGUCUGAAGAAAGCCGUGCGUCAGAUCAUAGAACAGGCCGAGAAAGUGGUGGAUGAGCAGAACUCGCACACAGAGGACACAGAGCUGCCGUCCCCCCUGGAGUUCAGAAAGGACAGCGAGGAGGAGAACAGAGACAGUGAGAAGGAUGAGGACACCAAGGAACAGGAAGCAGUCACAUCUGCUAAGAGUCCCUGUUCUCCAACGGAGAGGAGGGUGAGCCGUAGCACCCAAUCCUAUGGCUCCUUCACCAUCACCCCAUUCACUACCAGCAAGGAGAACCUCCCUGUGCUCAACACACGCAUCAUCUGCCCUGGCUUGAGGGCAGGUCUGGCUGCCUCCAUCGCUGGCAGCUCUAUCAUUAGCAAGAUGCUGCUGGCUAACAUCGACCCCUUUGGUGCCACACCCUUCAUCGACCCCGACCUCGACUCACUAGAGGGCUACAUGGAGAAGUGUGUGAUGAACAACUACUUUGGCAUCGGCCUGGAUGCCAAGAUCUCGCUGGAGUUCAACAACAAGCGAGAGGAGCAUCCAGAGAAAUGCCGGAGUCGCACCAAGAACAUGAUGUGGUACGGUGUUUUGGGCACAAAGGAGCUUCUGCAGAGAACCUAUAAGAACCUGGAGCAGAAGGUCCAGCUAGAGUGUGACGGCCAGUACAUCCCCCUGCCCAGCCUUCAGGGGAUCGCAGUGUUAAACAUUCCCAGCUACGCAGGCGGGACCAACUUCUGGGGCGGCACCAAGGAGGAUGAUAUCUUCUGUGCCCCAUCGUUUGAUGAUAAGAUCCUAGAAGUUGUGGCUGUGUUUGGGAGCAUGCAGAUGGCUGUGUCCAGAGUCAUCAAACUGCAACACCACCGCAUAGCACAGUGUCGAACAGUGAAGAUUACUAUCCUAGGUGAUGAGGGGGUUCCCAUUCAGGUGGACGGUGAAGCCUGGAUCCAACCGCCUGGAGUCAUUAAGAUCCAGCACAAGAACAGGGCUCAGAUGCUCACCAGAGACCGGGCGUUUGAGAACACGUUGAAGUCAUGGGAGGACAAGUUGAAGUAUGAUAAGCCUCCUUUGCGGCCUCACCUCUACUCACAGCAGUCUGUGGAUCUGGCGACGGAAGAGGAGGCCGCCCUGGUGCAGAUGUGCGCCCGAGCCGCUGAGGAGCUCAUUACAAGGAUAUGUGAGGCUGCGAAGACCAAUGGGCUUUUAGAGCAAGAGCUGGCUCAUGCUGUUAACGCCUCGUCUCACGCCAUCAACAAAACACACCCCAAGUUCCCAGAGAGUCUGACCAGAAACACAGCUAUAGAGGUGGCCAGCACUGUCAAGGCUCUGUACAACGAGACCGAGUCUCUGCUGUUGGGCCGAGUCUCUCUGCAAUUGGACCAGCCAGAGGAGGACCAGCUGUCCAGUGCUCUGCAGAGUCUGGAGUUGGAACUGGGCAAACUGGGAGAAGUCCCCUGGCUCUACCAUAUACUGCAGCCCAAUGAUGAGGAGGUUGACUGUGCUUGUGUACCAGGACCACUCUCUGGGUUACGGCAAGAGGAACAGUCGCAGCAGCAUGUUUCGCAUAGUGCCCAAGUUCAAGAAGGAGAAGGCCGCCAAGAAGACGAGCCCUCAGUCAGUGGAGAGAUGGGGCACAGAGGAGGUGGGCAUCUGGCUGGAACAGCUGAGUCUGGGGGAGUACAGGGACACCUUCAUCCGACACGACAUCCGAGGCUCGGAGCUUCUGCACUUGGAGAGGAGGGACCUGAAGGAUCUGGGGAUAUCGAAAGUGGGUCAUAUGAAGAGAAUUCUCCAGGGAACUAAGGACCUGGCUAAAGUGUCCAUGGUUGACCUCUAACCCGGAAGCAGACGCUACCGGAAGGGGGAAACAAACAUUUCCCCUUUACAGUCAGUGGAAGAGUUUGGGAGCACUGUAGGCACUGAAGGAGAAGAAGAUGGGUGUUCAAGGAGAGCUGGAUUUGCAUCCCUCUGCUGAAAAAGCCUUUGUGAAGUUGUUAACAAGAUACAUACGUGUGUUCGUUUGUGCUUUGGUGCCAAAAUAACAGUCGAAAGAAAGCGGAUGAAAAUGCAAAAGGAAGUCAUGGAUCUUCACAAAAAAAGAAAAGAAGAAAGCCAUUUCUAAGUUAAUAACCAUUCAUAGCACACAAUCAGGUAUGCAACUAACCACACAGUUGACGGUUGACUUGUUGUUUGAUUUUCGGUAACAAACUAGUAGCAGAAAACAGGAUUUCCAUGACAUGAGGAUGGGGUUAAGCUUCAGUUUAGUUGGGUGUGAGUGUGAAAACGUGACAUGUUUGCUGGAUCACAGAGCUGUAGAUGCGUGAAAGCAACUGUCUGGUUGUAGUGGCUCUGCUGUUUCAGUGGAGUCGGAGAAGAUAAAGUUGUGACAUCACAGUCUCUCAGUGGUAAUCUGUAAAGACGUGGUGUCUGGAAACAGUGGGAUACCGUCGCAUGCUAUGCUUGCUCAAAUUUCAAUAUGUUUAAUUGCAUGAUUAGUGUCUUGAUUUCUUCACGUGC